AUGGCUUCUGUAUACAAGUCCCUAUCUAAAAAGAAAAACAAAGUAUCUGCCAGCCACGAUGAUGCGGAAAAUAUCGAUGUCUCUAUGGAUGAUCUGCCAGACCAUCCGGACGAAACCAGCGAUAGCGAUGACUACGAGAACGAAGACGAGCGGUAUAGACAUAAUGGAGUUGGGGGUAGUGUAGAAUCUAAGUCGCAAUCGGUUCCGUCCGGAUAUAUGCCUAAGACUCGAGUGCUCAUGCUGACAUCGAGAGGAGUUACGCACCGACACCGUCACCUUCUCUCAGACCUCACCUCCCUACUCCCCCACACACACAAAGAAAGCAAACUCGACACGAAAAAGAAAACAGCCGGCUACAAUUUCCUCCUCAACUCCCUUGCAGACCUCCACUCGUGUAAUGUAAUCUUCUUCCUCGAAGCCAAGAAGCACGGGCAGGACCUCUACCUAUGGAUUUCGCGACCACCAAAUGGCCCCACCAUAAAAUUCUCCGUAAGCAGUCUUCACACCAUGGGCGAGAUGGGGACCGGGUUUGCCGGCAAUUGCCUCAAAGGUGGACGUGGAGUAGUUGUUUUUGAUAAGACGUUCGACGAGGCGGCUGUGGUGCGGAGUGGGAACGAGUACAGAGGCCUCAUAAGGGAAAUGCUGCGGAGUGUGUUCAGUGUACCGAGACGUGGGGUGCGGGGUAUGAAGCCUUUUAUCGAUCGGAUCAUUGGCGUGUUUGGUGUUGACGGGAAGAUCUGGAUACGAGUGUUUGAAAUUCGCGAGUCGGAGGGUGGGGGCGUAGGGCCAACAAAAGCGGCAGGCGACGAAGUGGAGCAAGAUAAUGCAGAGAUACCAAAGCACAAACCCAAACGAGUUGGCAAGGGUAGCGCACCUGAUAUCACCUUGGUCGAGAUCGGCCCGCGCUUCGUACUGACACCCAUUGUGAUACUGGAGGGGAGUUUCGGUGGGCCAGUAAUUUAUGAGAAUAAAGAAUUCGUCAGCCCCAAUCAGGUGCGACGAGAGAUACGCCUCCGGAAAGCAUCGCGGUUUGCGACAAGGCAGGUUGGGGUGACUGAUAGAACUAUCAAGAGGAGUGGGUUAGGGCUCACGACGGAAGGGAGAGGAAAUAGGAGGCGAGAUCCGUUGGAGACGAAGGAGGUGUUUGGAUGA